AUGGGGGGCUGCGUGUCGAUUGAGGAAGACCCUAGAGGCCGAGUUGGGCCCGCACCUGGCCGAUCGUCGUCCCGCGCAACCCACUCAAACCGCGUUGCACCGCAAAGCCCCUCUACAGCAAGCAAGCGCUCGGCGCGCAAGUCCUCCCCCAUGCGAUCCCCCUCUUCCGCUUCGGCCUCCGCUUCCGCGUAUCGUUCCGGCGGACUCCUCCCAAAAUCCAACGAGAGCAACAUCAGUGCCGCCAGUGGCGGAAGCGGAAGCGGCCGCCGAUCCUGCCCGCAAACACCGCGCGGGAGUUCCGCCAGCGGCUUCCGGACUCCCCCUGGCAGCGGCGGGCUGGGUUCCGGCCGACGCGGCGGCGCACUUGCGGAUCGAACGGCUCUGGCGAACAGCGGCGUCGCCACGUCAUCGUUGCGCGAAUUCUCGUACCAGGAGCUAUGGAUAGCGACGCGGAAAUUCGAGAAGGAGGGGAAGCUGGGGGAGGGCGGAUUCGGGAGCGUUUUCCGGGGAACGAUCGAAGAGGAUGUUUGCGCUUCAGGCGCGGGGAUGGGCGCGGGGAGCGGAGAGGGCGGAAAGCGGAAGUUGCAGGUUGCGGUGAAGGUGUUGAAUCAGGGGGGUCAGCAGGGGGAGACGGAAUGGAAGACGGAGGCGGCGCUGCCUCUAUUCGCGUCCCCCCUCGCCUCUUUCAUGUUCCCUUGUUGCUCUUCCCUCACCCGCCUCUCAAAUCCGCCCCUGCCAUGCGCCAUCCAGCCUCUGCCAUGGGCGGUGCGCAUGAAGGGAGCGCUGCACGCUGCCGCUGUUCCCGUAUCCCUGCCCCCCCUCCUUGUCAUCUCCGUUCCUGUUCCCCCCUUGCUUCCCCCCUUUCCCCUGCCCUUCCCCCCUGCCAAGCGUCAUCCAGCCCCUGCCAUGGGCGGCGCCAUCCAGCCCCUACCAUGGGCGGUGCGCAUGAAGGUGGCGCUGCACGCGGACGCUCGUCCCCUCGCCUUCAUUCAUGUUCCCGUGUCGCCUCCACCUCUCCCCCUGUUCCGCCACUUCCCCCCCUCCCCCCUGCCAGGCGCCAUCCAGCCCCUACCAUGGGCGGUGCGCAUGAAGGUGGCGCUGCAGGCGGCGCAGGGCUUGGCGUAUCUGCACGAGGAGGCGGACCGGCAGAUCAUCUACCGCGACUUUAAGGCGUCCAACAUUCUGCUGGACGAGGACUUCAAUGCAAAGCUCUCUGAUUUCGGGCUGGCAAAGGACGGCCCCGAGGGCAACCAGACGCACGUGUCAACGCGGGUCAUGGGCACCUACGGCUACGCCGCCCCCGAGUAUAUGAUGACCGGCCACCUCACCGCCAAGUCAGACGUCUACAGCUUUGGAGUCGUGCUGCUCGAAAUGAUUAGCGGGCGGCGGGCCAUGGAGCCGGAGUUCCCGAGGCGGCAGCAGAAUAUCGUCGAGUGGGCGCGGCCGUUUCUGGUCGAUCCAGCGAAGAUGCUGCUAUUGGUGGAUCCGAGGGUGGGCGGCGAGUAUUCGGUGAAAGGCGCUCAACGGGCGGCGGUUUUGGCACGCAAGUGUCUGAACAAGGACCCGCACGCGCGGCCGCUAAUGUCGGAAGCGGUUCGGGUGCUUUCUUCGAUUCAGAACUUGACGGAUCUUGCGAGUAAGCUGGAGCAGGCUCAGCGGCUACACGGUGCUUAG